AUGGAAGCACGCUCCUGUAGAGAUAAACCCCAAUUGAUAAUAAUCUACUUUCGAUCCGGAUUUCCGAGAAACACGCAUCAAUGUACACAAGUCUCACCACCUUUUAUCACGCCCCAUUCUAUUAACGGCCGAUUACCAAGAGCUGUGUCUUCAAUAAUUAAUAACCUGCCAGAUAUUUAUCGUUUUUUUCAGAGUAAAAUCCCAUCGAACAAUGUCAUAAAAGAGAAUAAUAUAACCGACAAAACAGAGUGCCCAAAUUUUAUUCUUGUUCUUAUUUUUAUCCCCCAUAAAAUCGGUGGAUCAGAUAAUUUUUUCAAUUGUUUUCCGAAAGAAUCUUGUAUACUCAAUCCAAAAGCCAAGAUCAAAAGUAGCAUUAGAAUUGGAAUUGAUGUUGCUUUCGAUGUGUCACUAAUGACAAUAAAUCAAAUUGCAGGUGCUUUUAGGAUAUUAAAUAAAGGAAGCUUAUCCACAAUGGACAGUCUGGAUGCCAUUGAAAACGCCAACAGCGAUGACAACGAAACGCACGAGGAAACAACCAGAAAUGUGGGUCAGGAAGAAACAUCAAGUGAAUUGCAGCAUCACCUACAGACAGACACGGAAUAUUCUGCGAGGUAA